GGAUAUUGUCUAUCAAAAUCGUAUUUUUUUAAACAUUGAAAACUGAGUGGUAUUGACUUAGACAAGAGUAUAGUAAUGUUUCCAAAUCGAAAAAAGUAGUAAUAUUGUGUAAAAUCGGCGUUUUUGUCAAAAAAGAUGGUGUUGUUAUGCCAGUGGAAUCUUAUUAAUUAUGCACUGACCCAGAUUCCGGUGACGCUUCCGAUAACUGCCGAAUGUAUUUAAAGACGCUGACCCAGAUUCUAAUCAUGGAUGCUGAGGACUCAAAUAGCCCAAGGUCUAGGUCUAGGUCUCCACAUGAACAUGAUGAGAGACAUGAAAGUACGGAGAGUGAAGAAUUUACACCUGGCAAUGCAAGAAGGGCGAGGGGUAGAGGAAGGGGACGUGGAAACACCAGGAGGGGAAGGGGAAGGGAACCAAGAAGAGGAAGAGGCGCCAGAAGAGGUAGAGGAGCCAACCAAGGAGUUGGACCCAACAGGGCAGAGGUAGCUGCAGCUACCUUAGAGGAGAGGAAUCGCCAGUUGCAGGAAAGAAUUUCUCGUUUGACGGAGGAAGACCUGAGGGGACUUGUGAGUUCCAUUGCCACACAACACCCUGGGUUUGUAUUUGAUGUCCUGGACAAAGACGACACUCAACAAGGUGGGCAUCAUCCUUCGCCCAACAGUUCAGUCCCUGACUGGUGUACCUGCACCUACUGUAGGGAGAUGCCAACUGAGGCGGAGAGGCGGUGUUGUGGCAGAACAAGUCUGAACUGCUACUCCCAGUUACCAGACUUCUCCUUGAUAGUCUUAGAUGAGGCAGUGCUUGCUGUGGCAAGAAGGCUUCGGGAGGAGUUACUCAUCAUGCCUCAGGAUGAGGACUUCAAUAGGUCAAAUCGCUUUGCAGCCUAUAGGCAAUAUAUUGUCUGGGUACUUGGAAGACUAGGGGCAGGAGAUCGUCGAGUGAUCCCAAGCUGCUGUGUGUGGAGGAUCAGGGAUAAAUAUCCCAAUCCAUUUGGACAAUAUAAAGGUUUUGUAGGGGGGAGGUAUAAUUAAAUGUGAAAAAAACCGUGUUUUUAUUUUUGCUUUAAAGUCAGGAAGUGUUCGUAGUGGGUAUUCCCAUGUGUUGUCAGAACUUAAAAUGAUAAUUCUGGAAUUUCUGUUUUUAUUUGUUACCUUAGGUGAUGUGGUGUCUUCAUGUCAUUGUCUCAUAACCAUUUUUUUACAUUCAACAUAUGACAUAUAAAUAUGUGAUAAAAGUGAAUAUUGAAAUGAUUUAUACUUCAUUUGAACUCUGGUGGAUAGUUGUCUCAAUGGCAAUCAUACAACAUCUUCAUCUUGUUUUAAGCUCAAUUUUUUUUUAAUAGACACGAAGUCUAAUC